AUGGAGGAUAUGUUCAAUGCGAUUGAAAGACGGUCGUUGUUCGCAGUGAUAGUUAAGAUUUUCAUUUCCUCCCUAAAAGGGCUGAUUCGGAGGGGAGAAGCCAAAGAGAGAGAUACUGGAGCGGAAAGAGAAUCCACGGCAGUCCAAAUGCGUGGGUGUGUCAAAGGGAGAAUAGUCGUCGAUGGUGGAGUUGGGGGGGUGAUGGAGUUGGUGAGGUUAAAGAAGAAGAAGAGGAAGAAGAGGAAUGAGAGGAAGAGGAAGACAAAGGAAGAAGAUGAUGGUAAUGGUGUAGAUGGUUGGAAGGUUGGAGUUGAGGUUGAUGGAAGGGAGGAAGGUGCAGCUUUCUACACCUCGGCUACUUUUAGAGUCAUCUUCAUAAGAACCUUUCAUCAUCAUCAAUCACCACUAACUACCACCACCAUCACCAUCAAACAUUCCCUUUUGCCCAUGUCUUUUCCCUCAUCACCUACGUUGUUCACGGGGGUGACGAAUCCACCUGCGUGGUGCCACCUUGGAAGGCAGACCCUUAACCUCUUCAAGCCUAGCUCGGCUUGGCAGGCGUCGUCAGCUCCACGCUCCACGGAUGAGUCACUUGAUAAUAAUACUGAAGAAACAUAA